AUGUCGAAUAAAGAUCCAAAAUCAAAUAAAAAUAUUAAUACAAUUAAUGAUGAUAUUCAAGACCGACGUGAUACAGAAUUAACUUUCUUAAAGAAAGUUAAUGAAGAAUAUGAAUUACGUUUAACACCAAGUGGAAGUGAACAAGGUGAGAAAAGAAUUAGAACAGCUAGUGAUGAAGAAUAUGAUAAAAUUAUCAAGGAAUAUGGUUCACCAAAAAGACCUCGCUCAAGUCAAAGAAAAACCCGUACAAUAACCAAUUCUUAUUAUACAGCGACAGCUACAUCCAAUUACAACAACAUUUCUUCACGAAUAGAUAAAAUGGACAACGAAUUAAAUAAUAGCCAACAAAAUGCAACUGUUAAAACAGGAGAUUUUAAAUUUAAAAUCACGAGAAAUGCUAUUACUUAUGCUGUUGAACAAAAUCUUCCUGCAAUUCGUCUUGAAUGUGAACCCAAAUUAAAUGAACAUAAGGAUGGUGCUGCAUUAAUAAAAGAAUUAAUUAAAGUAAUUGAAGAUGAUUUUAAAAAAAUCAAUCCAAAAAUAAAAACAAAUAGUGAUAUUGGUUUUGAUACUUGGUUUAUUGAUAAUAAAGGUGAUUUACUGUGUUAUACUAAUAAGGGCAAGCUGGAUGCUACCAAGCGGGUCCACAUGUUGCGGAUAGUGGAAUGGCCAUUAGUAUGA